GUGGCCUAUAUCAGUCCAGCUCCGCGUCGCUUUGAGAAAGGACCUUCAGCUCCACCUCUCCCUGCAGACACCAUGAAGGUGUGGUUCAGUGCCUUUCUGACAUGGCUGACAGCCCCUCCCACUCUCCUGCACUUUGUGAGUGGACAACAGCCUGUUGACUGUACCUGGGGCCCCUACGGAAACUGGUCAGAGUGUGACGGCUGUACUAGAACACAGACGAGGACACGCCCUGUGCUGGUGUUCGCCCAGUUUGGGGGCGUCCACUGCUCAGGGGAGUCCAGUGAGAAACGAACCUGUGUCCCCAAGAAAAGCUGCCCGCUGGACAUAGGAUGUGGAGAGAGGUUCCGCUGCUUAUCAGGUCAGUGUAUCAGCUCAGCGCUGGUCUGUAAUGGAGAUCAGGACUGUGAGGAGGACGGUCUGGAUGAGCAGGGUUGUGAAGAGUCCCAAAGCUCCAGUGUGUGUGACAGUCACAGAGUGCCUCCCAACAUCCAGCUCACCGGCAGGGGGUUUGAUGCGCUGACGGGGGAACUGAGGAGCGGUGUGAUAAACACCAGGACCUUCGGCGGGCAGUGCAGGAGCACAUUCAGCGGGGACCACCGGACUGUCUACCGCCUGCCCCAGAGCACUCUGGGAUUCAGCUUCCAGGUCAGCAUUGAGAACGACUUCAGCGAUGAGUUCUACAACAGCUCCUGGUCCUACAUGAAACACACGGAGAGCAGAGAGACGUUCAGACGGGGACACCGCUAUAAGACCUUCCACAACGAGCUGAACAAGGACAAGACCAACAGGUUACUGGUCCUCAGGAACGAGGUGGAGGUGGCACAGUUCCAGAACAGUCUACCGCAGUACGUGCCGCUGUCGGAGGAGUUCUGGAAGGCCCUGAUGGCCUUGCCCAAGGCAUACGAGCCCUCAGCCUACCGCUCGCUCCUGCAGACGUACGGCACUCACUUCCUGUCCGAGGGCUCGCUGGGGGGGCAGUACCAGCUCCUGCUGCAGUUUGACACUGAGGCCAUGAAGGAGACGAGUUUCUCUGACACAGACUACCACCGAUGUGUGACCAAAGUGAAACGCCGUCUGUUCCGGAAGAAGACCACAGUCAAAUGUGAAAAACUCAUCGAGCAUCUCAAGAACAGCAAAGAGUUCAGCAAGAAUAAGCUUCCAGCCACGACGGACAUUGUAGGAGGAGACCCAGCCUACAUUGCUGGGCUCGGCUACAUCAAUCUGGAGAACCCCGCUGCCAACAGUGACAUGUACACCAAGUGGGCCGGAUCUGUGAAGGACUUCCCCCAGGUCAUCAAACAGAAGCUGAGGCCUCUGUACGAGCUGGUGAAGGAGGUCCCUUGCGCGGGGGUGAAGAGGCUUCACCUUAAGCGGGCGGUGGAGGCCUACCUGGAGCAGGCCCACCCCUGCCACUGCAGGCCCUGCCAGAACAACGGCCAGGCCCUGCUGCAGGGGAGCAGCUGCUCCUGCGUCUGCCAGCCUGGCACCUCAGGCCUCGCCUGCCAGCAAGGGACCAUCCUGGAGGGGCAGCCAGGGGUCAUCCAUGGAGACUGGAGCUGUUGGUCGGCCUGGAGCUUCUGCUCUGGAGGUCAAAGGUCAAGGACUCGCUCCUGCUCAAACCCGCCCCCAAGGAAGGGAGGCAGGCACUGCAUUGGCGAGCCUGUCGACAGCCAAGCGUGCGCUGACCAGGACCUUCAGCACCUACUAAUGAUGGAGCCUCACUGUUUCGACUCCUCCCUCACCCCCAGUAAGGCCUGUAAGACUCCACCCCCUCUGAGGAAUGGCUUUGUCAUGGACCCCAAAGAUUUCUAUCCUGUCGGCAGUAAAAUAGUGUACUCCUGUAUCGAAGAACAUUACAUCUUGGGGGACGCGGUGGUGGAAUGCACCGACGAGCAGACAUGGAGGAAAAGAGCGAUGGAGUGCAAGAGAACCGUGUGCGGGUUCCCCUCCCUCCAAAACAACAUUAUGGCCGCCCCCGGGAAACCGACCUAUCAGAUUGGAGAGCUGGUGACCCUGUCCUGCCCACCUGGGACGCAGCGUGUGGGUGCGUCUGAGAUCACAUGUGACUCGAGCCUCAACUGGUCUCCAUCCGCAGAACAGACAAGAUGCCAAGCAGUGUCGACAGUAGCUCCAGAAGAAGCCAGCCUGCAGUGUAAAACAUGGGAGAAAGCAGUGAAGGACGACUGUGUGUGUAAAAUGCCCUACGAAUGCAGCUCUUCCCUGGAAGUAUGUGUGACUGACAGUGCACGGAGGUUGACGCUCAGCGUGUGCAAAGUCAAAGCCCUGGCGUGUUUGGGGCGGAACUACACUCUUGCUGAGGACAGUGCCUGUGAUUGGCCAAAGCAUGAAGCCAGACCCUGUUCAGCCUGCCAGCUGUGGGAGCAGUGUGAUGAGGAGAGCAGUGUGUGUGUGUGCAGAGAGCGAGGCCAGUGCUCUGAGCCCGGAGCCCUCCUGUGUGUCAGGCCAAGGGAAGCUGCUGUCACCAUGACGAUGACGGAAUGCGAGGCGGGAGUCAGGCGGUGCAGAGGGGACCCAAUCACCAUCCUCGCCCUCGAACCCUGCUCAUCCUGAUCAGAGAUUGUAGAGGACCGCAAGAUCCCGAACUUAGCUGCUAACAUUACUGUCUAAUGUUAGCUUAGCUGCUAACAUUACUGUCUAAUGUUAGCUUAGCUGCUAACAUUACUGUCUAAUGUUAGCUUAGCUGCUAACAUUACUGUCUAAUGUUAGCUUAGCUGCUAACAAUACUUCACACUAUGCGCAGAGUGGCUUGCAUCUGACUGGCAUUAGUUUGAUUGAAAGUUGAUUUUCGUUGGAUCAUCAAAACAAUUACAGGUUGUGUGCACCUGUGCUGGGUCCAAACUAUGUGUAGCACCCAGCUUUAGAUUUUACUCCUUCAUUUACUUACAAAUAUGAAAGUGCUCUUUCAUGCAGAAAGUGUGAGCUUCCUUUUCAGUGAAAAUGUGAUGUAUUGAAGAAUGCCUUGGUGUGUUCUAAAUUGUGUUGUAUGGGGGGACAUGUGUUGCUAACCUUUUACAGGAUUAUUAAACGCCCACCAAUAGCCCUGUCCCUCAUUUUUGCUGUUUUCAGAUCAGACUAUUUGCCGAUGCAGGCGAGUUACUGGACUGUGAUGUUAAUGCAACUGUAGCAUGUCAGAGGCAAUUGAUGAACGGAAGCUUUUCAUUUGAAAGGUCAUUUUUACUAUGACCAUCUAACAGAAACUGACUAUGACCAUCUAAAAUAACAUCUCGGUAUCUGUCUUUCUGUGGUAUAAUAAAAGUGUAUCGACUCCAACAUGUGAUGACGUUUAAGGGUAUUUAUUUAGCAAAAUAAAACUCAUUAAGCAAAAUUCA